AUGUUCUUAAAUGCAAUUGAAGCUCAAAUUAAAUGGGGGAUUAUGUUAUUCCAAGAAAUCAUUCAUCAAGUCGGGACAUUGAUUAGGUUGAGUUUUCAUCAAAUGUUUGAUUGGAUUUUCGGACUAACACUAAUCAAUACAGCCUAUAAAAAAAUUCAAAGUUUUCUGAUAAAUAUUUUAAGUAUGGCACCAGUUCCCGAACAUGUUUCCUUUAUUAUGGAUGGAAAUAGAAGGUAUGCUAAAUCAAGAAAUUUACCUUUAAAAAAAGGCCACGAGGCUGGUGGUAUUACUUUGUUGACGUUGGUUUACAUUUGUAAGAAGAUAGGUGUUAAGUGUGUGUCUGCUUAUGCAUUUUCUAUUGAAAACUUUAAUAGGUCCAAAGAAGAAGUGGAUACUUUGAUGAAUUUGUUUGCUAUAAAAUUAGACGAAUUUGCGAGGAGGGCAAAUGAUUAUAAAGAUCCAUUAUACGGCUCUAAAUUAAAAAUUGUGGGUGAUAAAGAUAUGCUUUCGGAAGAAUUAAGGGAGAAAAUCAAGAAAGUUGAAGAAAUUACCAAAAACGGGGACGACUUCACUUUUUUCGUUUGUUUCCCUUACACUUCCAGAAAUGAAAUUUUUCACACAAUGAAAAACUCGGUGGAAAGCUAUGUAAAAGACGCUAACCCAAUAACAUUAUCAUCUUUUAGUAGAAAUAUGUUUUUCGACAAAUAUUCAAAUAGAUGUGAUCUGUUGAUUAGGACAAGUGGACAUAAUAGAUUUUCUGAUUACAUGUUAUGGCAAUCUCAUGAAAAUGCUACGAUUGAGUUUCAUGAUAAGCUAUGGCCCAAUUUCGGGUUUUUUCUAAUGUACUUAAUAAUUCUUAGAUGGUCCUUCUUUUCAACAAUCCAAAGAUUUAACCAAAAUGGAGGUCCACUAGGUAAAGGCCUCUUGAGAAGAUUCCAUGUUUUCCACCUUAGAAAGGACUCUUUUAUUAAUGUAGAUUCCUUUCCGGAACCACCUAUUUCCGUCUCAAUAACUGGUGAAGCCAAUUAA